AAUUUUUUCUGAUUCUAAUUUUUUUUUGAUUGUUUUGAUUAUAUAAUUGUAACAAUUUAACAAUUGUUACGAUAUUUUGUUGUUUUAAUCAUCAUGUCUCACUUGAAACAGUUAGUUAGAGUGUUGAACAACAGUGUUAAAUGUUCAUUAAGGCCUAGAAUUGGUUUCAAUUGUUUCAAUGUACCUAAACGUAUAUUAUCCACUACUACUGGUCAAGAAGUUAAACCUGAAGAUUCUAUUGCCACCACUGGUCUACGAGAUGCAGCACUAAGAGCUAAAUUGAUUGACUUUGGUCGUUACUGUGCUGAGUGUUUACCUAAAUACAUUCAGAAGAUUCAAGUUACUUCAGUUGAUGAAUUGGAAAUUAUGAUUGCCCCUGAAGGAGUUGUGCCUGUACUCUCUUUCUUACAAGGACAUCACAAUUGCCAAUUCACCAGUCUCGCUGAUAUUGGUGGUAUGGAUAUUCCUUCACGUCAAAACAGAUUUGAAGUGAUUUAUAAUUUACUCUCAAUCAAUUUUAACUCACGUGUAAGAGUUAAAACUUAUACUGAUGAAUUAACACCAAUUGAUUCUUGCUGUGAAGUCUUUGAAGGUGCCAAUUGGUAUGAAAGAGAGGUUCAUGAUAUGUAUGGUGUUUUCUUUUAUGCUCAUCCCGAUCUAAGGCGUAUUCUUACUGAAUAUGGUUUCGUUGGUCAUCCAUUUAGGAAAGAUUUUCCCUUAACUGGUUACACUGAGUAUCGAUAUGAUGAUGAGUUGGGAAGCAUUAUCGAAGAGCCACUUGAAUUAGCCCAAGAGUUUCGUAAAUUUGACCUGGAAACACCAUGGGAAACCUUCCCGGCGAAUCCACCUAAAACCAUAGCCGCUGAGGAGAUUCCAUUAGUUACUGGAACCACUGCUAAAGGAAAACAACCAGAAUCAACUAAUUAGAAAUUUAGUUUUAACCUAAUGAAGAAAAUAACAACAAUAAUUUUAUGUAAAUACAACAAAUUCAAGCUCUCCAACGGGAUUCAAUGAAGAUACAACCUUUAAUUGUUAAGAAAACUUGUUCAGAUUGUAAGAUUAAAUCAGUUGAAAGUCAAUCAAA